CACAGGACACCAUCCUAGAUGCAGCAGCCGUCGUAGGGCAGUACAAUGCGGGAGUCCGCCCCGGCGGGAAGGGGAGUAAUCCCGGGGGUGGUGGUAGCAUGCACGACCCCUCUGCCUCCUGGGAAGAAAUACGUGGCAGUGACCCUGCUAACGAAUGAACAAAUAUACGUCAUAGCUGAGGUAAAAUCCAAACUGAAGCCACUCUACGACUCUGCCUGUUUCUGGCUAGGACUUAAGUCCCCUUCUCUAGACAUUUUUGGGCUGGCGCAAAUAGUUGAGGAGGAGUACCACUUUGUUGACUUGGAAAAGAAAGUGAAUAAAUUUGCUCCCAAAAAUUGGAAAUCCCAACAAAGUGGCCUAGAUUCUAAUGGAAAGCCAACCGUUGUGUUCUACCUACAAGUACAGUUUUACCUGGAUCAUCACCUGCUUCUCACUGAUAGGAUUUCACGAUACCUGUACUACCUCCAACUUCGACGUAACUUAGUGUUCACUCAACACCUGCGUAACGAGGAGCAGUGCUAUCUGCUAGCAUCGUAUGCAUUGCAAGCAGACCUCGGCAACUUCAAUGAGGACAAGCACGUGGGGCAAUACUUUGACCCAGCACUAUACCUGCCUAGUUGGUUGAUACUGUUGCAUGGUCCAGACUAUGCUGUCACCCACAUACCGGUUAUCCAUCGGUCACACCGUGGCAUUUCUCGUGCAGAGGCACAAGUGCAAUAUAUAAUUGAUGCAUCAAGAGAGGGGGCUGCCCACAACAUGAACCUACACAAGCUAAAGGAUCGAAAGACGGGCACUCUGGGCAGUGUCCUGAUCGGGAUUCAUUCAUGUGGAAUAGAUGUAUACAAGGUGGAAGGGGGAAGUACUGCUCUACUCUACUCAUUUCUAUGGCCCAAGAUUGGGAAGCUACAUUUUGAGAAAAAGAAGUUUGAGAUCCGAGCAGAGGGCUGGCCAGAGUCACGUAAGCUGACAUACUACACGGGUACAGAGUUUGCUGCUCGAUACCUGCUCACCCUGUGCCAAACCACGCAUCAGUUCAACAUGCAAAUACAGCCCCGUUUACACGAAAUCGCAAAACGGGAAAAGCAGGGUAAAAGUGGAAUGCGACAGAAUCGUGAGUCGUACAUCUACAGUGAUGACUGGGACCUGGCCUUGGAGCAGGAAUACCAGCACACUCUGUCCUUCCAUGACUUUUCACUGCUUCCCGUAGGCAAGAGCAGCGUGGUAGAUAAUCGCUUCUCUGUCAUCAGCACAGCCUCAUCCAACACAACAUCAGGAAUCGUCAGCGACAAAGUACAUAGUCUGGAUGAAAGCGAAGACGAUCUGUAUGAGGAUGAGGGUGCCACAAGUCAGGCGUCUGCUGAUUUCUCUUCUGAGAGGCUAGAGGCAGGGAUGAAAAACCAACGACUUUAUGGUGCCACGUCAGUGGACAGCAUGUUGGCACUCGAUCCUGGAAAUCAGUUAAGAAAUGACUACAGCACGGGGCGCUCAACAAAGAAAUCACCGCGCAUGGGAAUUCUCUCGCUUGCUGCCAGCACUCCUUCACUAAAAUCUGCCGCCUCCAGUCUGGGUAUCUCACACGAAUACUUUGACUUGAGCGAGGAGAGGAGGAAGCCUGCGAUGGGCAUGCUGGGAAGGCCGGCCGCUGGUCAGAUAUAUGUAGAAGGCGGUGCGCCCGUGAGAUUGCGCGAAAGGUGUGGUGUGGCAGAGAAGCGGCGGCCAAAGUCGCUUGGCGCAUUUCCGGACACGAUCGAAGAGAUCAACCACAGAGGGCUUGGCGCAUUGUCGGGUUUGUUGCCAGAGGAAAUCAAAAUAAAUGCCGCAUUGUGUGCGGCCAACCUCUCGCAGUUGGAUUCGGGCCGAUUCAAAAUGCACGAAGAACUGUCUAACGUGACCUCGACAUCAGAGCAGACAUCCACAAGCGCGGAUACAGAGGCCACUCUUGCGCAUGUACAAGGGGACAGCAUACACCAGUGGACGUCGGCGCAUGACUUGUGCAAUAAGGGCAAUGUGUACAAAGACCUACUCAGUUGCUGCCCUCACUCACAGUACAGGCACCUUCCCAAAUGGCUAUCACUGGGCGACUUGGACACCAGAAAUCUACAUAGUGGCAUACCUCAGCUCGAACACUAUGACUGGUCAGACAUGCCCGAUAUGCCUGGUGGACACAUGUACAGUCGCUCGUUAAGUCCCGAGUCUUCGCCACACUUUGAUGCCAACGACAGCCCAUAUAUACCCGAAGACCAAAUUGCUGUGCGCCUGCCACCGCCACUGUCAUCGUUCCGACCAAGCGCCCGGUGGGGUAUGCUGGAAUCCGACGAGGUUGCCGAGGUGGUGGAUCUUGUCUACGACGAACCCCCGUCAUACCCUGCCGCGAUGAGGAAGCUCACAAUGAACAUGGGCAGCGGACCCUGCACGCAGGGCACCACCGCCCUCCCAAUAUCACAAUCCACUCAGCAACCGGAUUCGAUUUCAAUGAUGCAUUCAGUUAGUAUGGCCGGUACCACCCUGGCAGUAAGCGAAGCCACAAAGGCUGGUAACACUACUGUGACACCUGGUGGCCACGUCAGCCAAGACUCUGUCAGCUCGGUGUGUGAGGCCCCUGACGUUCAUCCAGUCAUCACUGAGAUCCGAGGACUGACUAAGAGUUACGAGGGCCUACCACUGUUGGCAGCACUGUGCAAUGACGUGUCUUUGCUCCCACCAGGCAAUAAGGCAGACUGUAAGUGUCGUGUGCACCGUCAUCACUGUCACAUCGUUGGAGAUGCAGACCCGAGGCGAUGGUCACAUGCCGGUGUGCAGGCUUCGCACAUGUCCAUGGUGCAAGACGAACCCAGCCGGCCAGUUAGCUGGCAUUACGAUGACAGAGACCUAAACAUGAUCCACUUUGGUGAUUGCCUGAACAACAUGAGCUGCAGUUGUAUGUUCAGGAUAAGUGCCAUGUCAUCCUGUUCUUACAAUCACAUGUCGCAGAUGAGUGAAGUGUCGUCCUGUUGUCACAGUAGCCUGUGUCAGGUUGGUGACAUGUCCACCUGUUGUCUGCAGGCUCAACUUGCUCAUACGUCCCACUAUACACCUCAGAGUAGACCACAGCCUACCCAAAUUCCGAUGAAACCCCCUCCUCCAUACCGCCCACCACAGGCAACAUCCUCCAACUACCAAGCACAGAACCAGCUCUUUUAUAAUGAUGCUGAAAUUGCCAAUGGCAUCUACCUCACAGACAACAGCAUGCACAACUACCAUAAACAGGGAAUGUAUAGUAACCCACAGCAUGACCACGAUUUACCUUGUAUGCAUUCUGCCCAGUAUAGCAGAGAUUCACAGCAUAUUUAUAAAGUUGAUGGUUUUGCUCAUUUGCAUGCAAGACUGUAUAACGGAGAGAGCAUUGCAUGAGAUAUGAAUCUAAAUGUUACCAUUCCCAUUGUUGUGCAUACUCAACUUGGGCAAAGAGUUACUCAACGAUUUUAAAUAUGUAAAAAUGACAUAAAUAUGUUUACUUGAAAGUUAUGUAGCUGUAAAUACAAAAUAGUAUGAUGGAUCACGGGCACUUGUAUAUGGCAGGUGGGAACACAUAAUUUAUUACAUCUUUAUACUCUACAGCUUUUUGUAGCUUUGCAUCACGCGAGGUAGUCUGUCAUAUAUUCCAUUGGUAAAAGUAUAGGCAGGUCUAAUCCCUGUGAAACUAUUGUUUGUGGUUUGUGUGAACACAGAUGUAAUGCCAACAUGCUCAAAAUGUGGUGGUGCCAAUACAGAAUCUGUGUAUAUUGUUCACAGUUUUUAGUUGAAUGUAGAAUUUGUUUUUUAGUUACAACGUUUAAAAGUACGUUAUAUUUACUCUUUAUAUGAGGGUCACAAAGGCUUGUGACGAUUGACAAUGUAAAAUCGUGAAAUUGUGUUAUUAAAAUCUCGGUGGUGUAAAUCUGUAUUUAUUACUGCAACGAAAGUGGUCUUCAAUAUGUGUAUAUAUUUGUUGUUCUUUAAAUAAAGUUUAGGUUUAUUAGCUGCUAUCGAACAUGCUGCUGUAGGUGUAAAUGUAAAAUGUCUACGAAAAUGGCAUGUAUGAAUGUGUACAGUCCAAGCAUGUCUGAUAUAUAAGCGUUAAAAUGUAAAUACGUCAAUAUUUCGUCUAGCGUUUAUAUUGAGUACGAUUCGGCUAUAAGAAAUAUUAAUUCGAUAACUCGUUGCUCGUUGUAUUUUUGUGGCUCAAGUACAAAGGUUUACGUGGAAAUUUCUGGUUACAAACUUAUGGUAGAUUAUGCUAGUGCGCUAUUUUAUAUUCCAAGCAGGGGUCUGGGUUAUUCUCGUUUGAUACAAAAGUAUUAGUGUUAAUUGUGAAAUUAUAUUUGUAACUUGUCUGUAUAGAUACAAACAUUUCUAUAUUUUGUACAUUUCGUAUAUGAGUCUGUGUGCAUGUGUAUAAAAUUUUAUUCGUAUGAAUUAUA